AUGAAAUAUUAAUUUUUAAAUUAAAUUUUGUUGUUUAGUAUAAUUAUAAUCAUAUAAAUUAAAUAUUUUUAGUGUAAUUUGCUUAAAAGAUUACUGAAUUAUUUAAAUUAUUAGUAAUUCAUUAUCCAAUAUUAAUAGAUUUAAGCAAUUAUUCAAAGCAGUAGCAUUGGGUAAAUGGAUGUGUUAAAUAAAUUAAAAAUGGAUAUUACAAAUUACAAUAAUAAAUAAUAAAAAUAAAAAACUAACCAAAAGUUAGUUCCUAUUGAAAUUUGAAUAAUUUGAGGGGACCAAGUAAAAAUUGCAAUAAAUUUUACAUAAACUGAAAAUAUUUAAAUGGGUAAAAAAUAUUGAGUAGAGAUAUGACAUCUAAAAACAUAGAAUUUUAUUGAUCAAGUAGUUUAACAAAUACCAGAAUUGA